CUGCUCAUUUCAGUGUAACACAAUGUGAGCAUGCGCGAUGAUGUGGAGCUAACAGCUACGGUUUCAAUUUAGAAUAUUUGAGCUUACUUUUAUUUCUAAAUGUAGCAAAUGGUCUGGAUUGAUUGGGUUGAAUGAAUAUUAUGUACAUUUUAUCUAUGUUUGGAAGCAUUGUGUGUCGACUCAAUGGUUUUAAAUAAUACUGUCUGCUUAUUGCGUGUCAUUAGCCUUUUGGUUGUUAGCCUCAACAGCUCAAAACAGCGCUGAAGCUUAAAUUACAAACAAUCCCCUGUCCGUUUUUGACUUUAUGUUAUUCAUGUUUAUGAACGAUUACUUCUCCUAGAUGUUUUCAAGCUCAUACUGUUAGUGAUAACCGUCGGCUGGAGUGUUUGUUUUGUGAAAAAUGUGACGGUGAGAGGAACAGAGGAUGGACAGAGACUUGUUGCGGCAGUGUCUGGUCCAUCAUGGUGAGACGCUGUUCAACAAACUGAAGUGUGAGCAAACUGAAAACCCAGACUUCCAGGCGGUGGUGACUGACCUGUGCAAAGCCACGUAUGACGGAAGCAGAGGUGAUGAACAUGCCAGUCCACUGGUGGAGCAGUUCAUCGCCAGGAAGGCUGACAUUCUCUUCUGCCCGGCAUGGAGGACCGCCAACCCGCCUCCGCAGGACGAUGAAGAGGAGGAGGACGGAGAGCCUUAUGCCAUCAUGCCGCCAGUGGAGUUAUUCAUGGAGCUGCCGUACGAGGAGAGAAGAUCCAUGAUGUACAGGGACUUGGAGAGAGGAGACGUCGUGGUGGGACGCAUCAACAACAUUCGGGAGUAUGGCUUCUUUCUCACGCUGCUGUGCAUGGGAGGAGGCUUGAAGAGAGACAUCGAGGACCUGGAACUUUCUGCUCUCUGCCAUGUCAAGGAAAUUCCCUCCACCAGCAGCCAUGAUGAUCCCCUCUCCUACUAUCAGAUCGGAGACUUGAUUAAAGCUGGAGUGAAAGACAUCGAUCGGUUCCAGGAAAAGAUCACAGUGUCGCUCCACCAGGCCUCGCUUUCUCCUAACCUGGUUCACACCAAGCUGGGUGUCAUGACCAGAGAAGAUCUGCCCACACACUACAGUCGUAGCGUUCGCGCCGCCGCCGACUCCAGCGAGACGUACGAACGAAUCCUCACCAGGUGCCACGGCUACGAAAACCCGUCUGUGGUGGAGUAUCUGCUGCAGAAGGUGGGAAUCAGUGACACCGACCCGCCGUCGAUGAUGAGAGGGUUACAGUGUAAACUUUUCCAGGAGGAGGAUUUUGCUUCUGCAAUCAGAAAGAAGCAGUCUGCAUCCUGGGCCCUGAAGUGUGUUCGCGCAGGUGUGGGACACUUCAAACAUGGCCGUCACGUGGAGGCCAUGAACGAAUACAACAAGGCUCUGGAAAUCGACACCAAUAACGUGGAAGCGCUGGUGGCGCGAGGAGCUCUGUAUGCUAACAAAGGCAGCAUGGUGAAGGCCAUCUCGGACUUUGAGCUGGCUCUGGAAAACUGCCCGGACCACCGGAACGCUAAGAAGUACCUCUGCCAAACUCUGGUGGAGCGAGGAAGACAACUUGAAGAGCAGGAGAAACUGGUGACGGCGGAGGGAUUGUACCGGAGAGCGCUGUCUCUCGAUGACGCCAAUCCUGAGGCCAAAGACGCCCUGCGCAACAUCAAUGACACCAUACAGAAAUCGAUUCGCUUGCGAGAAGAAGCGCUUGCUAAGGAGCAAGUCAAAGCGACGAGCAGCCAGACCAGCGCUGAGAAAUUACGUAAGAUCUUAAAAGAGGAGAAAAGGGCGAAGAAGAAACAUAAGCGAUCCACUUCCUCCUCUUCGUCCUCCUCCAGCAGCAGCAGUUCUUCUUCCUCGUCGUCUUCCUCGUCACGCAGGAGGUCUAAGAAGAAAAAGAAAAAGCGGAAAAAGUCCAGGCGAGGAAGAAGCAAGCACCGCCGGAGGAAGAGUGAGGAGGGUAAGAGCGGGAAAGGCAGGAUGGAGAAAGAGGAGGAGGAGGAGUUGGAGUGGUUUCCCGCGCCUCCCAACACCUCCGCCACUUUUCUCAACCAAAAGGGUGGCCUGGUGUUUGGAGGGGCGGAGGAGGAUGAGGUGGGGGGCGACGGGAAAAUCAGCCGGCUGUAUUCUCUGGCAGCAGCUUCAGAGGAGGAAGAGUCGGAUUCUUCCCACAGGCAGGGGAAGAGGAGGGACAGAGCGGAUAGUGGGGCGAAUAAACGGAAAAGCAGCAGAAGCCCCAAGACAGAGAGCAGGGAAAGAUGGAGGGAGGAGAACAGAGGAGGCAGGAGAGAAAGAAGCAGCAUGGAGGAGAAUCACACCAGGAAACUAUCCAGCUCUUCAGCUGAGGUGGAGUUUUCCUGGAAACCGGAAUAUUCCGGAAGGAACAGGAUUAGACACGACUCCUCCACCAGGAGCUCCUGUGACGGCGGUAGGUACGAGAAUAAGGAAGAGAGGGAGAGGGAGAGAACGUGGGAUCCAGAACAGAGCAAAAAACCAGAGAACAGCCAGGGAGACGGCAGAAACAAGAAGAACCUCCCGUCCAACCUGCUGGACAUUUUCAACCAGAUCGCUCAGUUCGAGAAAGAAAAGGGGGUGAAAGCAAAAAAAUAAGACAAAACCAGAACUACGACAGCGUAUCAGGGCCAUUGUGGAUAUACAUGCAUAAAAAAGGAGGACAUCUCUGCCAAUAAAUCUGGAUGUUUAUGAGCAGGAACCGGCAAUAAUUAGUAGGAAAAACUAAGACAUUUUGUGGUUUUUCUCAGAGAUUUACUAGAAUAAAUUAGACAUUUCUGAACUUCAGCAGGUAAUAAUCUGCAUCAAAAGAGAAAAUUUGUGUAAUUUCUCAUAUUUUCUAGAAGAAACAUGGAAAUUAGUUAAAUUUUUGACUUUUGGACAUUUUUUCUUUCAAAAAUGAAAUAUUUUCACCUUUUUGAGCAAUACAUUUCUAAUUUCUGGGAUUCAUUAAAAAAAAUUAGUUUUUUCUCACAAAUUUAACUUUAAGCUCAGACAUUCAUUUUUCUUUUUAGAAAAUUUCUGGGAUUAAUCUCAAAAUGUUUGAGUUUUUCUUGCAAAUUUAGAACUUUUUGAGCUCAGAAAUUUGUUUUAUUCUUGAAAACUUCUGAGCUUAAUCUCAAAAUUAGUUCUUUGGUGGAAAUUUUCUCCUUUUUUCCAUGGAUACCCAGCGGCCCUAACUGGCCGUCAUGUAGAAGAGACUAAACAAAAGGUAAAAUGAUAUUUGUUCGGUUUAAUCUUUGUUCAUGAAGUCCUCCAGGGCCAAACCUUUCGCUCGUUGAUCUCUUUACUUUCAGUGUUGAAUGAAUGAAUAGUUUACGCUGACACCUCUUACCUCUUCUGAUAAAAUCCAGUCUUACUUUCGUCAAAAUGUCAUGACGACAUGAUUUUGUUUACAACGCGUGACUUCGACGUCUUCCGUUGUGACCCAUCUCUUUAUUUCCCCGUUUCGAGAACCGUUGAUUAUAUUGACACUUUACUACAAUGAAAUCUUUUGUUUGAUUUUAUUUUACUGUUUUUUAAUGAAACCAGUUGCCUUUUGUUCUGCUGUGUGCCAUGCUGCAACUUCCUCUGCACAAAAAGCAGACGGUUAUGCCUCUGUUCUUUUUUUUUUUUUUGCCUUAGCGUGAUAUUUCAGCUGUAAUCAAAAAGUAUGUCACCUGUCGUAAAACCAUCUAAUAUGAACCAAUAAAAGCAUUUGACCUGUGGAAUGUA